AUGGAAUUAAAAGAUGAAGAAGCUACACUUUCUCAUGAACAAAUUUGGGAUGAUUCUACGUUAAUUGCAGCAUGGGAAGCAACAGUUAAUGAAUAUAAGACAUACCAUUCUCAAGUAAAUGAUGAUAAUAAUAUUUCAGAAAUACACGAAUUUUCGCAUAUUUCAGAUUUGAAUUUUCAAAAUAGUAUUAAUAUUGAAUCAUUCAAAGAAAAUCUCAAUGAACUUGGUUCAGAUCAGACAUCUGAGGUGCAGAAAGAAGCAGAAGUAGAGGAUGCUCAUAAGAAACUAUUAGAUGAAUUCAUGAAAUCACCUUCUGUUGCUUUACCUUUUCAGAUUUUUAAUAAUGAUCAGACUUUGAAAAAUCUUUUAAUGAGCUGGUAUUAUGCUGGUUGUUGGUUUCCUGAUUAUACUGGAUAUUACAUGGGUCAGGAUUCUAUAAAUAAAAAAAAUCAAGAAUAA